AUGGACUAUUUUAAUACAUCCAUUGUGCCUUAUCAUGAUCCUUUUGAUGAUAAUAAUAUUCUUACCGGACUUUCUCUUUCACUCUUUGAUGAUGAAAACCCAACCAUUGAUAACGACAACAACUACCAAGGACCCACUUAUGAAAAUUACCCAACCAUUGUACAAGGACCCAUUAAUCAAAAUACAACAAAUUUGAAUUCUGGUUUACGUCAUGUCCCCGACUAUGAUUCAUACUCUGAUCCAUUUUUGCUUGAAAUUUCAUUUGAAAGUGGGAAUCGAUUAGUUGGGAAUAGUACCAAUUCAGAGGGUGAAGUUCCGGGGAAGAAUAAUUUCCAAAUUCUAAGAGAAAUAACUCAUGGCAAUGGCACGAUCUUAUCUAAGCUUGGAAUAUUUGGAACAAUAGGAAGGAUCAGUCAUGCAAGUCUUGAGAAAUCCACAAUGGAUAAUCAUGUGUCAACCGAUACAAUUGAUUUUAGCAAUUACAGUAUAAGAAAAGUGAAGCAAUUUUUAAUUCAAUAUUUCGAGGGUUGUAAGAAGGAUGGUUACAUAGUGAUCGAAGAUACACUCUCUGAAUUCUAUCAAACUUUAAGUGUUCAUUCUGGUGACCGUACUAAUGACAUUAAUAAUCUACUUCAGUUAUCUCCAACAACUUCGCAUGAUGUUCAAACGGAACAGCAAGAAAUGGCAAACGAAAAUGAGGGCACUAGCUGUGGCGUGAAUCGUGGAAAGAUCUCUCUUUCAGAACAGAGGAGAAGAACUAAGCUGAUGAACGUGAAAGACUUUGAAGACUAUCUUCAUCUUUCCAUUCAGGAAGCAGGUAUCAAAUUGAACGUAUGUCCUACUGUGAUGAAAAGGGUUUGCCGAAGGGAUGGCUUGCGCAGAUGGCCCUCCAGAAAGAUUAAUAGCAUUAAGAGGAAGAUAUCGAAGCGACAAGAGAGUUUAAGCUCUAUUCAUGCUGGAGAAAGGAAGAGUGCAAAGGCUGACAUAACGAAGCUGGAAAAGGAACUUGCAGACAUUUUUGAAGCCAUACAAUGA